UCAAACCAAAACUUCCACAAUUUCACUUCACUUUCCCUCUCUCUUUCUCUCAUCCAACCCCUGCCAUGGAGACUCAAGACGGCAGCAGCCUUCGCGUCGCCUCGUUCUCGUCCUACAUCGACAAAGGCAAAGAGAGCCUAGUCCACCGCGUCUCCGCCCAAGACCACACCAACAUGACCAUCAAAUUAUCCAACCCCACCCGCGUCGACUCCUUCUCCUCCCGCUCCUCCGAGCACAACCCCAACUCCGCCUUCACCUUCUCCCACCUCACCCCCAAACACGCCGGCGCCGGCGAGAUCAGCGUCUUCGGCGCCGACCGCUACUUCAACAUGAAGCUCGAGUACCAAACCAAAACCCACCCUCCCACCCCGAGCCUCUGCUCAGAAUCCUCCGCCCCCACCACUUGCCACAGCCAAACCACUCUCCUCCCUUCCAACCAACCAUCCAAGCACAAAAAAACCGCAUCCCGCAUCUUCACCGGAUUCGGCUGCAAAACCCCCUGCUUCGGCUAUAAAUCCGUCCAAAUCGACGAAAUCAAAGAUCACCCGAUCAAGAAGAUCCAAGACAUAGAAGAGUCGCGGAAAUCGAUCGAGGUGUUCGGAUCCAGGAAAAUUAAGGACGCAAAAGGAAGCGAAGUAGCGACGAACAUGGAGCGGAAGCUGUCGAUGCUGACGUGGGACGCGAUUCCCAAGGGGGGGAAGAAAAAUCUCCCGACGUCAACGAUCGGGAGCACUAGCGAAGUUGGUGACGUGGCGAGCGAGGCCAGCUCGGAUUUAUUCGAGAUCGAGGAAGUUUCUGGAAGCAUCUACCCGCUUAUGCAAGGUGCGGACGACGACGACGACGACGAGCCGAGCUGUAUGAUGAGCCCGGCCACGUCGCUGUACGCGCCGAGCGAGGCCAGCAUACAGUGGAGCGUGGUGACGGCCAGCGCCGCAGACUUCUCCGGCCUGUCGGAGUUCAACGACGACAGCGUCAGCGCCAAGGUUGUGAAGACGAGGGUUGUUAAUCAAGUGCAGAAGAGUAGGCCGACGGGAUUGCUCGGGUGCAAGAGCAUUAAAGCUGUGGAUGUUGCUAAUCAGAAUGUUUGUGUUAAGGGGCUUAUUCAUGAUCCUUCCGUCAAAACUCUCACUCUGAACAACAUGAAUCGUCUUCCACCGCCGCUGACUUCAGAUCCUGUGCGCGAGCUCUGGUCGUCUUCCACGGCGGAUGUGUCGGAGCGCAUCGCCGGCAUCGGUGUGAAGGAGCAUGUAUCCAGAAUUUGAUGCUAUUCGACAGAGAGAGCUAUUUGAUGCUUUGCGAGCGACGUGAUUCGAUUGCUGGUCCAGAAUUUGCUAGAAGCCUCGAUUACUAGGUUUAAUUACUUCCUAGUCUAAUUCGCUUGCAAUUCUUCCUCUGUAAAACUUGCUGUUGCCGAUUUUAUGAAUUUUAAUUAAGGUGAAAUUUUACUGAUUU